GCUUCCGCGUUGAAAUUGAAGUCUAAAAAUCCGGCGAUGAGACUACUUAAUUAUGAUCAGGGCGAAGGUAGUCUUCAAAUGAGUAACUUCAGCGGUCAAACCGUUCCACCAUACGCCAUUCUCUCACAUGUGUGGGGUAAAUCUGAAGUUCAAUAUUCGGAUAUCGCAGACGGGACCUAUAAAGAGAAGGACGGCUACCGAAAACUCAAAUUUUGCGCUGAGCAGGCGGCCAAGGACAAUCUGCAAUACUUCUGGGUGGAUACAUGCUGUAUUGACAAAUGGAAUCUCGAUGAGCUCUCAAGAUCUAUCAACUCGAUGUUUUUUUGGUAUCAGAAUUCAGCAAAAUGCUACGUAUUUCUGCCAGACGUCUGGCUAGGUACGCCAGACACUGCGUUAAAUACCACAGGUGUUCCAUUGCACACGAGAGACAAUCCGCUACCUACGACAGAUACUUCGUCAUAUCUUAUACCAGGAAGAGCCAGAGACGGUUGGAAGAAAGCUUUUCGAAAAAGCAAAUGGUUCACUCGCGGGUGGACACUUCAAGAACUCAUCGCCCCAUCGGUAGUCGAAUUCUUUUCCUCUGAGGGGGAACGGAUAGGAGAACGGAAGUCUCUUGGUCAUUUAAUACAUGAAAUCACGAAUAUUCCGGUUGAUGUAUUCCGGAAUCAUCCGCUAAAUACAUUUACAAUAUCUGACAGGCUGCAAUGGGCUGAACACCGCGAAACAACUCUGGCCGAAGACAAAGUGUAUUGCCUUCUUGGCCUUCUCAACAUCGUCAUGCCUACCUCCUAUGGUGAGGGAGAGGAGGUAGCGAGACGGAGAUUGCAGGUACAUAUAGAGACAUCUACCAAUUCUCCAUCUAUGAUUCCAUUUGGCCGAAAUGAUCGAUUUACCGGUUGGGAGAAAGAGCUCGUCGAACUAGAGACAUGGCUCUCUAUGGGAGAAACGAAAAAUUCCGAGGACAUGCGACCCACCUCAAUUGCCAUACUAGGCCCUCCUGGGACGGGGAAAUCGCAGCUGGCACUCGAAUUUGCAUACAGAGCCAAGAACAAAAGUUUCAAUUCGGUCUUCUGGGUCGAUGCAAGCAGCAAAGAUGGUCUCUAUCGAUCUUAUUCAGAUGUUGCUCGAACGCUGAAGGUACCUCACUGGGACAACGUCAACACCGACGUUGUAAAGCUAGUCAACCGAACCCUGACUAGUGAAAGCGCGAGUCGAUCUCUAUUGAUAUUCGAUAACGCAGACAACGAUGAUCUGGGUUUUGGAGCAGCUAGUUUAAGCAGCCACAUCCCACUGUCAACGAAUUGUUCAAUACUCAUCACAACUACCAACGAAGAUGUCUCCAAGAUCUUGGCACCGGAGGGUGUGAUGAAUUUGGGGAGAAUGACGCCGGGCACAGUUCAAAAGAUGUUUGAGAACUAUCUCUCCUCUUCGCUAUCAAGCAUGGAACAAGUGGAAUCAAAGUACCUAAUACAAGAGCUAUCCUACCUUCCACUGGCGCUUGUUCAGGCAGCUGCGUAUAUAAGACUGAACGGAAUUACACCGCAAGACUACCGGAAACGAUUAGCUGAGCUUCACUUAAGUGGGUCGUCGAAAGAUAAUCAAUAUGCAAGCGAUCCGAUUACAAGAACUCUCCUCCUCUCCAUUCAUCAAAUUGGCCACCAAAACCCUUUGGCACUCGAUAUACUAGCUCUUGUUGCCUGCUUGGGCCAGAGGGACAUUCCGAUUGAAAUUUUGGAGCUACCAAACCAAUCUCUUGGGAUAGAAGAGACGAUUGAAGUGCUUGAUGAGUACGCUCUCAUCACUCGACGACAGUUCGAAUCUGCAAUAGAUGUCCAUCAACUCGUGCACUCUGCAUUGCAACAACGACUCCGAGACCUAGCGGCGCUAGCACUGGAAGAUUGGAGACAAUCAGCACUGGGACAGUUGAGGGCCGCUUUUCCUCACGGGGACCAGGGUGGUAGACAUAAGUGGAGGCGGCUACUCCCGCACGCUAAACACGCUAUAUCGCUCGGUACAAGUACCCUAAUCAAUGAGAUGAUCGAAAAGGAUUUGAUGUGGGACUGUGUUAGGGCAUUUGUCAGCGAUGGAAGAUAUGGCGAGGCAGAGGAAUACAUCGUGAGAAUAAAGAAGACGCUCGAGGCUAACUUUGGGACUGAAUAUCUACAAAGGCUGGUCUGCGCGACAGAACUGGCAGCCAUUCUGAGGGGUCAAGGACGCUUCCAAGAGGCCGAAGAGCUCGAUGUGCAAUCACUGGAGACAUCCAAGAAUAUGUUCGGCCCAGACAGUGAGCCGACAGUAGACAUCUUCCAGAACCUUGCUAUAACAUACAGGGAACAAGGCCAAUGGGAGAAGGCUGGGAAACUAGCCGUGCAGGUGUUGGAGUCAAGAAUAAGAGCUUUCGGAUCCGAACACCUGUUAACAUUGCAAGCCAUGAGCAGUUUAGCAAUGACGUACAGAGCGCAAGGUCGAUACACAGAAGCUGAAAUGAUAUCGGCUUCCAUAUUGGAAACACGUAGAAGAGUGCUUGGUGGAGAGCAUAUCAAGACAUUGCACAGCAUACUUGACGUCGCGGAAAUAUACGUUAAGCAAGGACGUAGAGAAGACGCCGAGAGAUUACUUUUGGAGCUACAAGAGACAAGCCAAAGGAUACUUGGUGAUGGACAUCCACUCAUGUUAACUACCAUGUCCUUUCUAGCAUACAUAAUCAAGACAAGAGGACAUUGGGAGAAGGCAGAGAGACUGGAGUUGCAGGUAGUCGAAGGAAACACCAGAUUGUAUGGAGGCGACAGUCUACAUACCGCUCGCAGUUUGGGUAGCCUUGCGGUCACAUACAAAUGGCAGGAAAAAUUACACAAAGCUAAAGAGGUGGAAGUUGGGAUAGUAGAAAGAUUCAAGAAGAUGCUUGGGCUUGAGCAUCCAGAUACAUUGAGUGGCAUUCUCCGCUUAGCAGAAACUCUUAGGUUGCUAGGCGAAUUGAAGGAAGCGAAAGAAUUGGGCGUUCACGUAUUAGAAACAAGCAAGAGGGUUCGUGGCUAUGAGCACCCAGAGACUUUGUUCAUCAUGUAUGAGCUAGCGCUUACAUUCAAAGCUCAAGGCUGCGCAGGCAAAGCGUAUCGCUUGAUGGGGAAUUGCUAUAACCGACGCGUAUUGAUCCUGGGCCACAAGCAUCCGAGUGCUUUGUUUUCUCUUGAAAAGCUAAUAGAGUGGAAGCUAGAAGAUUUGAACUUUGCAGAUAUGAUAGCAGAUGUAGACUGAAUGAGGCUGUAACUAGAGCCAGUUCAAGAUCGCGAUAGACAAUGUACUACUACUUUAUAACCUUGAUGAAUUGUCCUACAAUGAGACGAAGACAACUAUCAUUCGAACACGCCACAAACUUUUAGGUAGACUUUUCCGCUAACCACCCAGCAAUUCACCUGUGGAUCUGUAACUAUCGCGAUAACUUCAUCUGGCACAGUAGAAAGUACCCCAAUGCACAGAUCUACCGCCUAAGUCACAUGGAGAUGAGAUCAGUGUGAUCUAUGCGGGGGAAAGACGCAACCAAACGUUGCAAUGGAUAUAUGCUCCACAGUCUGAACUGAGAACGCGAAGGCUGGAAUUCAGCAGCUUUGCAAGUUGGCUCAAAAGUAACGAACCUCUGUACUGGAUCACUAGAAAACCUGGUUCUGGUAAUUUGACUUUGAUCGAAUUCAAUAUCACGACC